AUGUCGCCGUCUCCCCUUGGUGUAAGGAAGCUUGAUACAAGCCUGUCGAGGCACGCUGGGCUUGCUCCGCUUUUUAAGGCGCAGGCCCGGCUUCUUGGCCCAAUGACAGCCAUAGAAUAUGGCGAGCAUACUGUAUCCUAUGAGGAAUUGCACUUGAAAUCUCUCCAGCUCGCGCAACUGAUUCGACUGGGAGCGCCGGAACCAGGAACUCCAAUUGCGAUUGCCAUCCCCCGUGGAAUCAACCAUAUUUUGGCACAAAUUUCCAUUAUUUAUGCCGGCGGAACCUGUGUGCCCCUGGACACAAAACAGCCGGACGUCUUUCUCCGGAAUAUACUCCAAACCGUGAAUGUGAAGCUAGCUUUGGUGGACAUCGAAAAUUGGGGUCGACCCCUAGAGAUCGACAAUAUCCUUGUGGACCAUACUCUGAGCCCUGAACUAUCCGAUGAAGAAUCUGAGGUAUCCUCCAAUGGGCCAUCGAGCUGUUCCCAUAUCCUUCAUACCUCGGGUACAACGGGGGAACCCAAAGCCGUCCAGAUUUUGGCUGGCGGAAUCACCAACUUGGCAUUCAAUUCCACCAAGCUAUUUCAAGACGGCCAACGCCUUGCGCACAUCGGCAAUACGGUCUUUGACAUAACCUUGUUUGAAACCUGGGUUUGCUUGUUGAGAGGUGGAACAAUAGUGGUCUACCCACAUAAUACAGUCAUAGACCCCGUUAUCUUCUCGCAGAGUCUCCGAGAGGACCGAAUCGAAGUUGUGUUUAUUACUACCGCAUUGCUAAACACAAUUGUGAAAACCUGUCCGGGGGCAUUUUCCACAGUUCAUACUCUAAUGACCGGUAGCGAAAUAAUCAACGUGCCAGUGAUCCGGAAGAUAUUCGAUCAUGGGCCCCCGGAGCGAGUAAUCCACAUGUACGGGCCGACUGAAUGCACUGUGUUUGUAAUCUCACACGAGAUCACCGCAGCAGAUAUUUACAAUGGUUGUAUUCCACUCGGGAAGCCAAUUGGCAAUUUUCAGCUUUUCAUUGUCGACGAAAAUCUCAGACAGGUUCCGACGGGCAGCGAAGGGGAACUAGUAAUAGCGGGUGCAGGAGUUUGCGGAGGAUAUUGUAGGAAUCCUCUAGCUAACAUCAAGUCAUUUAUAAACCCCUCACAUCUUCCAUUGAAAGGCACCACGAUGGGAUUCCCACGUCAUGCCUAUAGGACAGGCGAUAUCAUGCGAGUGAACGAGUCUGGCUUAUACGAUUUCGUCGGCCGCCAGGACAGACAAAUCAAGAUCCGGGGCCAUCGCGUCGAGCUAGAAGGUCUUGAGAAUAUCUUCUUAGGCACUAAUAUUGCCUCCGCGGCAGCGGUUGUCAAGGUUGAGCCCAAGGAUGCCGACACGGGGCCAAUACUGGUUGCCUAUAUUGUACCGCAGUGCAUCCAUGUCGACCCCGAGGCCAUAGUACGAGCAUUCGUCAACCGCGCUCCUCAUCUUCCGAUGCCUCGCGUCGAGCUGCUUGCGGAGCUUCCAUUAAGAGGGACAGGGAAGUGUGAUCGACGGAAGCUUGAGCAACUGUAUAUAGAAAAGAUGAGGGUCGUGCGUGAGAGUCAAAUGCACUCGAACGGAGGUAUCGACUCUGUGGAAACGUCUUUGGAACAUAUCUGGCUCGAGAUACUGGGGUAUCCAAAGGACCACCUGGAUUCUUCUGAUGACUUUUUCCAUUUGGGCGGAACUUCACUGCAAGUUGCACAUCUGAUCGGCCGAAUUCGACUUUUGCUAGGAUCUGAGCUGCGGUCCACGGUCCUGUACGUGAAUCCCACACUAGGCCAACUCACACAGCUAGUUCAAGAGCUCAAGAACGGAGCAGCUUUGCCAGACCCAGUGGAUAAUCAAAGCAUUCUGGCUCUGGAUUCGUUGUUGGGUCAAGAAUUACAGGUUAGUCUCGACCCGGUCGUCGACUGGCUCGACGCUUCAGAAGGCCGAGUGUUCCUUUCCGGAGCCACUGGGUUUGUUGGCGCCUUUCUUCUCGCGUCACUGCUGUCCAUGCCACAGGUCACUCAAGUUACAUGUCUUGUUCGCGCCAAGGACACAUCCGCAGCCGACCUGCGCAUCAAGGAAACACUAGAGAAUUACAGACUGCGUUGUUCCCAGGAGACCAAAAUCGUCCCUAUCACUGGCGACUUAUCACUCCCGCGCCUUGGCCUUACGCAAGAACAGUACAAUCACUAUGCAAGCUGGGCGAGUGUGGUCUUCCACUUGGGGGCACUAGUCAGUUACAUCCAGCCGUACUCCCGUCAUCGAGCGGUCAAUAUCCUGGGAACAUUAGAAAUGGUAAGAUUUGCCAAUCACUCCCGACCAAAACGACUCAUCUACUCAUCAAGCAUCGCUGCAUAUGGACCGACGGGAUUUGUCCAGGGAACCAAGACCGUCCCAGAGGAUGAGAGACCAUUAAACCACAUCGCCGCUUUGCGGUAUGACACAGGAUAUUCCCAAAGCCAGUUCGUGGCGGAAAAUGUGGUCUGGAAUGCCAUCCGCAAGGGUUCGCCGGCGAUCAUCGUCCGUCUCGGGUAUGUCUUAGGACAUAGUCAGACGGGAAGAGGGAACCCCGGUGACUUUGUCAGUUGUCUCAUGUCAUCCUGUCUUCAGCUGGGUCAUUAUCCCAUUGUACCGGGGCAAUGCAAAGUGUUUGCCUCGGUAGAUUUCGUGGUGGAUGCGACGCUGCGAAUCGCCGCUUUCGAGGAAAAUGUAGGCCAUGCCUAUAAUCUGAUCCAGCCGAUACCCAUAGAUCUUCAGGAAGCCUUUGGCCUGAUCAGUGGACACUGCUCUCACCCGCUGCAAGGUAUCUCGUUUCCCCGCUGGCUAGAGAUGUUUGUCAGCGAUGCGACGAACCCACUGCAUCCUUUUCUUCCGCUAUUCCAGGAGAAGAUAUACACCCGUUGGGAAGUUCAAGAAAAUGCGCCUCGCUUUGAGAUCACCAACACUCUGUGGGCUCUUCGCAAUAGUCCAGAGCUUCUCUUGUGGAUGCCAGCACUGGAUCUGCUUCGAAGGUACAUCCCCGAGUGGUCUGCGGUUUCAAGCAAUCCUGGCAGGAUAUAA